GAGCCCGGGCAGUCGGAGCCGUGGUACAAGGCGAUAAGGAGCAUCGCGCACGAAAGUCUGCAGGGCGUAGGCAAGACAGACUUCGGCAUGGAGGGCUACCGGGCAGCUCCCACCAGCAACGGCGUCGCCGCAAAAACAGCGCAGCGCAGCCCCGUGCCCGCGCCGGCCGCUGGAGGAGGAGAGCUGUGGCGUUCCCGCGCGGGGAGCCUCGCGAGCCUCCGGUCUUUGACUGCACAGCUGACGACGCCGUUUGCGUCCGGAGGCAUCACGGGCAUGGACAGCUGCGCGACAAAUCUUUAUGCUGUUGGAGAGGAUGGCUGCCUGCGGGUCAGCCCUUUGCCCACUGGCCCUGUGGCCUCGGCGUCUUCACGUCGCAACUUCAGAAUCUCUCCCAUGCCACUCUCUGCGGUGGCUGCGCUUGAUACAGAGCUUCUUGCCCUGGGCGGCCAUGACAACGCUGUUGUACUGUACUCUACCUCCUGCGGCUCCUCUCUGUCACGCAGUCAGAUGCACGCCGACACAGCCGCUUGGCUUCCGUUGGUAUAUGUCUAG